AUGGUACGUAAUUCUUUCUGGGUUUAUGGAUUUGAGUUCAAUUCACCUUUAAACCCACUAAAAUUUAACCUUUUAUUUCUCUUGGACGUAAAUUCUUGUCAUGUCUGUAACUGUAAACGAGAGUCAUCAACAUCAAUAGAUUUAACUUUUGCACUCUGGGUUCCAUCUUUGUCUUAAGAAAUUUGAUGUGUUAGACUCCGUUUGCCCAUGGCUUCCAUACCUUCGAAAAAUGUUUGGAUUCGACGGCAGCAAUGCCCUUGUGGGGAUUGGAAAUGUUAUGUUUCGUACGAUGGAGAGGGCGAAGAAACUUCUGUGGCAGCUCAGUUGGUGAAGUCUGAAAGAGUUUCAUCUGAAGCUAUGGUUGCUCCUUAUGUGGGUAUGGUGUUUAAAAGCGACAAUGAUGCGUUUGAGUACUACGGGAAUUUCGCUAGGAAGAAUGGGUUUUCUAUUAGGAAAGAGCGGUCGAGACUUAGCCCACAAUUGGGUGUUUAUAAACGAGAUUUUGUUUGCUAUCGUUCAGGAUUUGCACCUGCUAAGAAAAAGCCCAUUGGGGAGCAUCAUAGAGAUAGGAAAUCAGUGCGUUGUGGGUGUGAUGCUAAGAUGUAUUUGUCAAAGGAAGUUAGUGAAGGAGUUGCACAAUGGUUUGUAGUGCAAUUCAGUAAUGUACAUAACCACGAACUUCUUGAAGAUGACCAAGUUCGCCUUCUUCCUGCUUAUCGCAAAAUUCAUGAGGCUGAUCAAGAGCGUAUACUAUUGCUUUCCAAAGCCGGUUUUCCUAUUCAUCGUAUAGUUAAAGUAUUGGAACUGGAAAAGGGCAUUCAUGGAGGCCAAUUGCCUUUUUUGGAAAGAGAUGUCAGAAACUUUGUUCAAAAUCGUAAGAAGAUUGUUCAAGAACACGAUGCAAUGCUAAAUGAAAAACGGGAGAUUGAUACAAUGGAGCUUCUAGAGGCUUGCAAAGCCACGAAAGAAUCAGAUGAAGAGUUUGUUUAUGACUUUACAGUUGAUGCAAAUGAUAAGGUUGAACAUGUUGCUUGGUCAUAUGGGGACUCCGUUAAUGCUUAUGGCAUGUUUGGGGACGUAGUCUAUUUUGACACUACUUAUUAUUCAAUCACAUAUGGGUUACUUUUAGGAGUGUGGCUUGGCAUUGAUAACCAUGGUAGGACCAUUUUCUUUGGUUGUGUUUUGUUGCAAGAUGAAACAUCUCGUUCAUUUGCAUGGGCUUUGCAGACCUUUAUUCGUUUCAUGAGAGGGGCAUUCCCGCAGACAAUUUUGACUGAUCUUGAUCCAGGGCUUAGAGAUGCCAUAAGAAGUGAAUUACCUGGCACAAAGCAUAUAAUUUCCAGAUGGAAUAUUUUGUCAAAGGUAUCUAGUUGGUUUUCUCUUCCUCUUGGAUCUCGUUAUGCAGAGUUCAAAUCCGAAUUUGAUUUGCUGUAUUCAGUGGAGAGUUCAGAGGAUUUCGAAAUUCGAUGGAAUCAGAUGGUAGCAAUGUUUGGCCUCGUUUCUGACAAGCACGUUGAUUUACUAUUUUCUUUCCGGGAAUACUGGGUACCAUCAUACAUAAGAGGUUAUCUUUUAGCUCAAAUGGCAACGCCAACUUAUUUCAAGGCUGUCGAUACUUUCUUGAAAGGAAUUUUUAGUGCACAGAUGUGUUUGCGUAGCUUUUUUGAGCAGGUUGGUAUUUCAGCCAAUUUCCAGAGCCACGAGCAUCAGGUGAUGCAGUAUUUGCAAGUAAAGACAAAUAUACCAAUCGAAGAACAUGCACAAAGCAUCCUCACCCCUUUUGCCUUCAAUGCUUUGCAACAUGAAUUAGUAUUGGCCAUGCAGUAUGCUGCAUCUGAAAUGGCAGAUGGUUCGUAUCUCAUACACCACUUCAAGAAGAUGGAUGGAGAGCGUCUUGUGAUGUGGAUUGCAGACAGUGAACAGAUUCACUGCUCUUGUAAGGAAUUUGAAUCCUCAGGCUUGCUAUGCAGACAUGCUUUACGCAUUUUCAUUAUAAAGAAUUACUUUCAGCUUCCAGAUAAAUACUAUUUAAGUAGAUGGAGGCGGGAAAGCUCUCUAGGCUUAGGUGAUGGUCAUGGUAUUGAGAGUAACGAUGGUGAUUGGUUUCAUGAAUAUCAGCGCCUUACUGAGGCCCUUUUUGCAGAAUCUUCCAUUACUAAGGAACGAAGUGAGCAUGUACGUAGGGAACUAAUGAAGGAGAUCACAAGGCUUCUUAACGAUAUUAGGAGAAUGCCUGAGAGUGAAGGAAUUGCAGCUAUGGAUUUGACUGAAUCACUAAAUGGUUAAUGCAUCUGUAAAGAGAUCAUUAAAAAUUUGACUUUCUCCCCAACUGAUUGUUCUUACAGUGGAGAUUGCUGGGUAUGAUUCUUUAUCUGACAUUCAUCCAUUUGUCUCUGCCAACAAUACCUCAUAUUGAGAAAAGACGAACUGGCAGAAGAUGGUGAUAGAAGAAGGACAUCGAAUUCAUAUCUGUUGAUACUUUGGACGAUGUAAUAUUAAGGAAGAGAACUGCAUGCUUGGAAUUGUAAUGGUUGUACAAGCUGUUGAGUCAUUUUUAUGUGUACUGUAAAUAAGAAUGUGCCGGGUUAGCGGCUAGAAUGUCUAAGAGUACAGUUAUUGUUUGAGGCAGUUCUGCACUGUACGUUGUCUCUAGCAUCUGGAGAAUUCAGCGUGCAUGAUUUUGAUGCUUAGAUGAAUGAUUUAUAUCAAUCUCAGAACGAACGGCUCUGCUUAUAGCAUAUAUGGACCUACACUGACCAAACCUGGCUACUUGCUUUAUAAAACUAAACUGAAUGUUCUGGUCAUUGUUAGAUGAAUGGUGCAGCAUUCUUUCUUGAAUUUUGUAUGAUUGUUGGAUUGUAGAUAACUUUUGAAAGAUUAAUUUGGGACCUAUUUUUCAGACAAUUGGAAUUAGUCUGUAUCAGAUAGUUCUCCCUUUCUA